AUGACUAUAAAGCACCUCUCUGUGGAGUAUGACAGGAAGAAUGAGCGAGGGACCUUCUCUCCCGGGGAGAUCAUCUCAGGGAGAGUCACGGUAGUGAGCAGCAGCGACACCAAAGUGCAGCGUUUGCUGGUCACAGCAAAAGGAAAAGCCGAGGUGAAGUGGUAUGAACAGGAUGGGCAAAGUCAGUUGAUCCACAGUGACAAGAAAACAUACUUUUACUAUGAAUGCAUCCUACUCCAGGAUAAAAAAGGCGAUGGUUCUGAAAUCAUUGGCGCAGGGAAAAAUGUGUACUCAUUCACCUUUGAGAUCCCAAAUCGAGAGAUGCCGUCAUCUUACAAGGGGAAAUGGGGCAAAAUCACGUAUAGUUUGCAAGCAAAGUUGACCAAGUCAAUUUGGCAGGUACACAAAGCCAGGACUGAGUUUCCUUUUCUUACCAAGUCAGAAUUCCCCUUUGUUUCAAAGUCUGAAAUGAUCAUCGUGCAACUGAAGGAGGCACAAUAUGGGACCAGGAUUUCAUUCUGUGGCUCUGGGAAAGUCACGAUGCAUGUUACCUCAGGGAAAAUGGGCGUAAAACAAGGGGAAACAGUGGAAGUGAGUGCAGAGGUGGCGAACAACUCAGCCUACCCAGUAACACCUACAUUUUACCUAUGUGAGAAGCAGACGUUUGUUGCUCAGUCAAAGAGGAUAGUACACACGAAUGACAUCCUGUUUGCAACAGGAGGCGCCGUCCCAGCAGCGAGCAGUCAGAUUAUAACCAGAGCUCUGAGUCUCCCUGCACAUCUUCUUCCCACCUUCCUCAACUGUCCCAUGAUGAGGCUAGAGUACAGCAUCAAGGUUACUCUUGAUGUCCCACUGGCAAGAAACUCCGAGAUCAAACUACCCCUGAUCACCCUGCUGGGCUCCCCGAAACCACCUGAGCAGGAGCAGAAGAAGAGAUCCACUUGGCCGAGAUAGUGUCCUGGCUAAGCCACCACACUCCGAGAUGCUGGGACAGCCUUCCAGAGGAUCUGAGAGGAGCUGAAAACAUUGAUAUCUUUAAAUGUAAACCAAAAACACAUCCAUUCUGUC